AUGAAUGAUGAUUUGGUAUUAGCAUCUCAAAAGCGGUUGGAAAAUAAGUACAAAGCUGCACAACAGGCUUCUGAAGAUCGGUACCGUAAAGCACAGUUAGCUCUUCAGAAAGGAGAAGAAGAUCUUGCACGUGAAGCCCUCAAGAGGUGUAAAUCUUUGGCUGAUAAUGCUAAUUCAUUGAGUCAACUUGAUCAGCAAAAAAGCGUAAUUGAUAAUCUUGUCUCCAAUACACGGCUUUUGGAAAGCAAGAUACAAGAGGAGAAGUCAAAGAAAGACACUUUAAAAGCCCAGGCUCAGUCUGCAAGAACUGCUACAAAAGUAAAUGAGAUGGUGGGAAAUGUCAACACUAGUAGUGCUUUAGUGGCUUUUGAGAAGAUGGAAGAGAAAGUUUUGGCAAUGGAGUCCGAAGCUGAAGCUCUUGGGCAGUUAACCACUGAUGAUCUUGAUGGGAAGUUUGCAUUACUUGAGAGCACAUCGGUUGAUGACGAUCUUGCAAACUUGAAAAAGAAACUGUAUGGUAGCUCACUGAAAGGAGAGCUUCCACCUGGAAGAACUGUUUCCGCCUCCAGUAACAAGCCGCUUCCAUAUCAGGACACCGAGAUUGAGUUGGAGCUUAAUGAAUUGAGGCAAAGGGCAAAGGAUUUGUAAGGGUUUCUUAUCUACGUACCCAAAACUCAGAACUUCUAUUUCAAGAACAGUUUACGGUUGAACUUACAGAUCAUGCUUAU